UGGCGGGUGUUGUGUGCUGCCCGGGGCACCGGUUCUCCUCCGCGUCUCGGCCCACGCCGCAGCCCCUCGACGGGAGGCCGGCAGCACCUUCGAGACAGCAGAGUGAAGAGUUGUCAGGACACCGAAGGAGACUGAGGCAAAACAAAGGGUAAACUUAUGUUCAGGAAGUUAAUUGAUAACUCCAAAGUCCAUAGCUCAAAAAUUAUAGCUCUGUUCUAUUAAACAAGACUUUUUCCUGAGGCCAUGGAGGGUCAGGAACUGCCUUACGUGCUCAUUGACUGUAUAGGAGGGAAGCAUGGAGUAUAUGAAGACCACGUUGAAUUUCUGGAGAAACAUUUUCAUCUCAUCAGCAUGAAAGAAUAUCUUGAAAACAAGAAAUCUCUCAGUGAAAAGAUCGGAGCUAUUUAUAUGUGGUAUCACAAACCAGUUAUUAAUGAAGAGCUGCUCCAGAGCUUGCCUAACUUGAAGAUAGUUGCAAGCUCUGGAGUGGGAAUAGAUCACUUGAACCUGCACCUCCUAUCCAGCUAUGGUGUGAAGGUGGCCAACACUCCAUUUGCCGUUUCCACUGACACUGCAGACUUUGGGAUGGCUUUGAUGCUGGCAUCUUCCAGGAGACUUGUGGAAGGCUAUCAGAUGGCAGUCUCCCCCAGCACAGAGUAUUUCCCUGCAGACUGGCUGGGGACUGAAGUUUCUGGGGCAACCCUGGGGAUCGUGGGGAUGGGAACCAUUGGCUACAAAGUGGCCCAGAGAGCCAAAGCCUUUGAGAUGAAGAUUUUGUACCACAACAGGAAUCAGAGAAACAAGGAAGAAGAAAGUGCCGUUGGAGCUGUUUACUGUAAGAAGAUAGAUGAUUUGCUCCAGCAGUCAGAUUUUGUGUUGCUGUCUGUAGCCCUGACUCCACAAACACACAAAAUGAUUGGGAAGAGGGAGCUGGAGCUGAUGAAACCCACAGCUACUCUGAUAAACAUCAGCAGAGGUCUGGUUGUGGAUCAGGAUGCUUUGGUGGAAGCCCUUCAGAAAAAAGUUAUUAAGGCAGCCGCUUUGGAUGUGACGUAUCCUGAACCCUUGCCAAGGAAUCACCCCUUGUUAAAGCUGAAGAAUGUUAUAAUAACUCCUCACAUUGGAAGCGCCACCAAAAAGACACGCCGCCUAAUGAUGGAAGACAUGACAGAAAGCAUACAAGCAGGUCUUACAGGUCUUCCUAUCCCUAAUGAAGUAUUACUGUAAAGCGGCCUGCAUUUAAUGUUAUUGUCAUUAGUGUUUGUCCUGGUGUGAUGAAACAGUAAUUUGAUCACUCUUCAUGCAAUUAUGCCUGGUGUG